AUGGUAGAAACCGAUUCUUUGUGCCCAAAAGAACCAUCAUCCAUAUCAGGUCUGGCAGUGCGUAGUCCUGGCUCACGGGACGCCGUCGCUGCUGUUCCAAACCAUGCAGAACGAACGUCGGUCAAUAAUUCAAGUCCUGAAGUGGGAAAUUUUCCCUUUGCACCACCAUACCAUCCGGCCACAUGGAUGGAAUCGGCUCCCAUCGCGCCCGCCGAUUCCAUUUUGGCGGAAGCGCCCAAUAUUCAAAUUGACCAAUUCGACCUCAGGGUGUCCGACCUGAGCGGCUUUGACGCUCUUCGCCAUAUAGAUGCAGGGCUGCGAGAAGAGAUCUCAGCCAUGGAAUUUCCUUCUUUUCAGCAGUCUCAGCUCUUUCAAGUAACUUCAUCUGAGCCUCUGAGUCCUGGCCUAUCUCAACUACAGAGCGUGCAACGUCUGUGGUUCACUACCAUUGCCGAAUAUCCAGAACAGACUCUGACCCCGAGACAAAAUUAUGAACAAACGUUGCAGCUUCUUUCACCUGAGUCUUUGACUUCUACUACAAUCAAUGAGGAUCAUCGUCAGAGCAUGUGGGAUCGCCUCCAGAUACUCGCAUAUGAGCCGACCGUCCCUUCAACUGAUCUUUUGAAUGUCGGUCUUCGCCUCUAUUUUGCCAAGGUUCACCCCCUAUUCCCAUUAGUUCAUGCGGCCACAUUUCAGCCAUGUCGAGAGAAGGCGGACCUUGUGGUCGCAAUGUGUGCAAUAGGAGGACUCUUCACCGGGUCAGAUCAGAGCCUUCAACAGGGGAUCUAUCUCUUCGAGCGAGUCCACAAGGCUACAUUGCACAAUUGGGAACAGCUUCUGGCUAGGGGCAGGAAGGAGUUGGCUGUCGCAAUUCAAGGCGCAGCCAUAUCACAGUUAUUUGGCCUGCUUUCUGGCAGCCCAAGUCUCUUAUUAACCGUGGACGCUUUUCACGGCCCUCCCAUAGCGUGGUCACGAUAUUUGCGCCUAUAUGCACGCCAAAGCAUCACCCAAAUUGAUCCUUCCAUCGAUGGUUAUGAGCUUGAAAAGCUCUGGCAUGAUUGGGCACGCAAUGAAGAAAUUAUUCGCGUAGCUCAUGGGCUGUUUAUCAUGGAUGCAGAGCUGGGAAGCACUCUCCAUCAUGAGCCAAUUCAGAGCUGGAAAGCAUACAAAGUCCCAUAUGCCUGUUCCGAAAAGGCUUUUUCGGCCUCCAACGCCCGAGAUUGGAAAGCUAUCUACUGCGAGGAGUUGAAUCAACAGCAAGCUAAAUCGCUACCUUCCAAAGGUUCUCCAACAUCCUCACAGUCAGCCUUAUCUUCAUACGUGCCCGAUACUAGCAGCUUGACGGCUUACACCGCUAUGGAAAGUAUCAGCUCGCAAGUACUUCUUCGAAGUUUUUUCCAAGAAGCCGGGCAGGUGAAAAUUGAGGUUAUUCAUGAGUCAUUUGCAGAACUUCAUCAUCAUCUCUUACCAAGUUGGUCGCCCAACAAUCUCGCCCAAUGCCCAACAGAUACUUUUCAACUCCGUGUCCUACAAAGCCUCAUAUACAUGGAAGCCCUGGUUAACUUCGAUUUGUUGGAAAGGGCUGUCGGUAGAGAUGGGACCAAAAUGACCACCGAUGAAAUGGCAAUUGUUACUGAGUGGGCAAACUCUGUGAACGGACAGCACUGCGUCCUGCAUGCUAUUUUAAUCAAAAGGCAUGUGGAAGCAAGGAACAUCACAUCGGAGCCUGCGCUCCAUGUUCCACGGGCCGUGUUUUGGGCCGGGUUGGCUUUAUUUUGUUACAUCCGCUUUAGAACAUCAGACAGGUCGCUAUGCGUUCUUCAACCCACAGCAAAUCUCGACUUUCCAGAAUUCUCAUCAAUGGGCAUUAACUUACAGACCCUGGUCUCAGAGGUUGCCUCUACGGACAAUCAUGAUCUUCUCUCGCUGAAGCUUGUUUUCUUUUCAAUGAUUGACUUCUUGCAGCAUGCUGGUCAUUGGAGAAUCUCUAACCGGUUUGCGGCCAUCCUGUCUACUCUGGGAAAUUUCGCCUUUGGUUCAAUCCAAUAA